AUGGAUCUGGCGGAUACAAUUGGACCUGGCGGCAGCGGGCUGGUCGACGCUAGCCGGGCAAGUAGCGACGAUAUUAGCGAUGAAGCCUCUGUUCGCUCGGAAGGUGAAGGACUUUCGUUGGCGGACGAGGACGACGAGGAGGACGCCACGGAGGAUGACAACGAUGACGAGGAGGAGGAGGAAGCGGAGGAGAACGAUGAAGAGUCUGGGAGCGGCACAGAGGAAUCCUUCGAUGCUGAGGAUGUCGAGGAGCCCGAAGCUUCUUAUGUCUCGCAGGAUGCUGCAGCACUCGCAAGGAAAAGGUCCCAACAAGAUCAUAAGGAAUUGGCCCCGGUGCCCACUUACGUUCCGCCUCAUCUGCGUCAAGCAAAGCCUGUAGUGUCCGAGGAAAAGCUCAAACUGGAUCGCAAAGUUCAAGGUCUUCUCAACAAAUUGAGCGAGAUGAACAUGUCUGGUAUACUGAACGAGAUCGAAUCGCUAUACCGAGACCAUUCUCGGAAUAGCGUCACUACGUCGAUCACGGAUCUCACCAUUCAGAUGAUAUCCUCUCGUUCCAAUCUUCUAGACUCAUUUGUAGCCUUAUACGCUACCUUGGUUGGUGCAUUGCACCGAGUAAUUGGCUUGGAAUUUGGCGCCCAUUUCACCCACACCGUCAUCACUCGUUAUCAUGCCCUUGGUCAUUCGUCUCGUGACAUCGCUGCGCUUGCUCCGACAUUGUAUGAAACUCCUGAUGGCUCUAAAGAGAGUCUCAACCUUCUCACGUUGAUUUCGGAGCUCUACAACGCCGGAGUGGUGGGCGCAAUCCUCUUAUACGACAUCAUCCGAGACCUGUUGAACGCCGAAUCUGGAACGGCUCCGAUGACCGAAAUGGCAGUGGAAGGAUUGUUGAAGGUGAUGAAAUGUUCUGGAACUCAGCUUAGGAAGGAAGACCCUGCGAGCAUGAAAGAUAUCGUGGCUCUCAUCCAAGAUAAGGUCAAGGGAAGGGAAGCUGGAUUGACAAUCCGAGCACGAUUCAUGAUUGAUAUGCUCGUUGAUAUAAAGGACGGAAAGGCGAAAGCUAAAAAGGCCGCACAAGACAAUAAAGCAUCGUCAGAGAAGAUGUCCAACUUCCUCUCAUCUCUCGGUCGGAACAGACGGCUCCUCGCCAGCGGUCCUCUGCGAGUGUCUCUCCAAGACCUCCUAGCCGCAGACCAAAAAGGCAAAUGGUGGCUCGUCGGUGCUGCCUGGUCUGGCAAUCCUCUGAUUGAACGCGAGGCAGCAGUGGCGGAAGAAAAGGCCAAGAAGGGGCACAAGAAGUCGCUCGUACCUGAAGACGAGGCGAUCAUGGAGUUGGCGAGAAAGCAGGGUAUGAACACGGACAUAAGACGUACAGUAUUUCUUGUCAUUAUGACGAGCGAGGACUUCACACAUGCGUGUGACAGGUUGUCGGCCCUACGAUUCACUCCCGUCCAGCAAAGAGAAUUCGUCAGAGUGGCUCUCCACUGUUGCUCAGUGGAAUCUAAAUACAACCCCUAUUACACUUUGAUCCUGAAUCACCUCUGCUCUGAGUCAUAUGACCAUCGUUUUACGUUUCAGUACGCCCUGUGGGACUUCAUCCGGACAUUGCCAGAUUUAGGCAAAGACGAUACACACAAGGGUCGUAAUGUCGCGAGGUGUCUAGCCUACAUCAUUGCUCGGUCGCACGUGGACUUGACUGUUCUCAAGGGAAUUGAAUGGACCUCGCUCGACAAGCGUACCACUUCCUUCUUGACUGCCCUUGUCAUAAAGCUCGUUAUCGCCUCUCAGACAACGUCCCCCUUAGUCAAGCUGCCCAAGGCGUUCGACGAAUCGAAUUUCGAUCCACACCCCAUCGAAAAGCUUUUCGGCAAAGCUAUGAGCAACGUCGAGGUGACGCAGGGUCUCGCAGUACUCAUCAAGCGGGACAUGACGAAAGAGACUCUGCCGAAGAUUCUCGAGAGAGUCGAAGCGGAAGCCAUGGCUCGCACUGUGGCACUCCGAGGGCUCAAGGUCGCCAGAGAAACGCUGAAAGGGCAAGUAUGA